UUAGAAUUAUAGAACACUUUCAUCGCUUUCGGGCUCUCGCAAAUUUGGAGUUUUUGUGUAUACUUGUUGAAAGACCGGCUCGAGGCUGGAUGGAAAAAGUUUGGUUAGGCAAACGAUCUUACAACAACUAAGGGUAGUUAAAAGUAAAUUACGCAAAGAAUGGAGAAUAAUUUGACAAUUCGUUCCCCCGAAUGGCUUCCACACUGCGUUGCAAUCAGUGAAAAAACCGUUGCAGUAAACACUUUUUGCGUGGUUCUCAAUAUCGUCGUUUCUCUCUUGGGAACCUUCGCAAACGGUCUCGUGAUCACGGCAUAUUAUCGUAACCCUCGUCUACGAACAAUUCACAACAAGAUGUUUCUACUUCUUGCCUUAACUGACAUUGGCGUGACGGCUUUUAUUCAACCAGCAACCGUGACAGCUGCGCUGAGGAAUCAAUUCGGAAAAUGUGAUUAUGUACUGUGGAAGAUCGUCGAGCAAGCAACCAGGUUGUUCGUUUAUCUUUCUUUGAUCACAAUUUCUAUUCUAAGUUUGCAGAGUUUUAUCACCCUGGCCUAUCCGUAUCGAUAUCAAAAUAUCCUUACUGAGUGUCGUCUGAACAUCGUUGUGAUCGUCUCGUGGCUUUCCGUAACAAUAGCAAUUAUAAUCAACGGUGUCUUGACGGAAGGUUUUGAAGCUGAUAUUUAUCUCGCACUUUGCAUCACAUGCACCACAUUUGUCACCGUGGUUUUCUUCUGGUGUUGGACAUACAAACUCAUCGCUCGGCAUCAAAGCUCUAUUCAAAACAUGCAAGUACCUCCGUCGCCGGAAAUCGUUUCGAGAAACAAGAUAUUGAGGUCGACAGUCACCGCUCUAGCUGUUACUUUGAGUCUUUUGGGUUGCUAUUUAUUUCAUAUCUGCUUUAAUAUUUCAUUUUUCAUUGUUGAUACAGUCAUGAUAAAUGACGAAACUUAUUUCAUAAUGUUGUCACUUUCAACCACUUUAAUUUAUAUCAACUCUCUUCUCAACCCUUGUCUUGUAUUCUGGCGUAGCGCCAAAUUUCGAGAAACAGCAAAAGAUAUUCUCAAUCGAAGAAGAUCGACACUGCAACAAGAGAUUUCAUUAGACUUCCCAGGGACGAGGCAUUAAUAUUUGAACUCCAUGUAAAGAGGCUAGCAGAAUAACUUCACAAAGAACAGUACCCUUUUUCACACUGGUAAACUUGUUCUAUGCGUGUACUUGUUCUAUGCGACAACUAAAAGUUAUCGACAACUAAAUAACGUAGUCUUUCGCGAAAGUUGUCGGCAACUAAACUCUAAUUAUUAGUUGUCAACAACUAUAAGCACUUCCUGUUCGAAAAGGGAAACUGUGUAGUUGUCGACGGCCUCAUUUUUUGGCGUCUUUAUAGUGUGUAAAAACUUCUUCUUUAAGUCUGAUAAAACUUCUUUUAUCGGACUUAUUUAGUUGUCGACCACAAAUAGUUGUCGACAAUAAAUCCCUAGUCUGUGGAGGCCCUAAGUUGUUUCCUCAGCUAGCUCUGUCCCUUGAAAUUUUCAUUUGGCAGAUCAUAUUAAAGCAUGAUUGCUAUCAUACUUUUGAGGUAAAACUCGCUUUAAUAGAACUUCGAACAAAUUUAUGAAACCCAUAUUCUUAGUACAAGUGUGC